AUGUCCACAGAUAUAUCGAUACCGCCCAACAAACUAUUCUUAAACGAAGAAGAUAAAACAGAAGAAGCAUUAAAUUCUUUCAUCCCUAUAGAAUCAUGCAUCUAUUCCUCUAAGAAACUAGGUAAUUCGAAAAACAAUGACUUCAUCGAAUGUGAUUGUUACGAAGAUAAAGACCCUCAAAUACACAUUAACCAUGCAUGUGAUGAAGAUUCAGAUUGUAUUAAUAGAUUAACUUUAAUCGAAUGUGUCAAUAAUCUUUGCUAUUCAUGUGGGAAUGAUUGUCAAAACCAACGAUUUCAAAAAAAGCAAUACUCGAACGUAUCCAUAUUUAAGACGAAAUUGAAAGGAUAUGGUGUAAGAGCUAAUGAAAAUAUUGAAAAUGGACAAUUUAUUUAUGAAUAUAUAGGGGAAGUUAUUGAUGAGAUACAAUUUAGAGAAAGAAUGAUUGAUUAUGAUUUGAAGAAAUUUAAGCAUUUUUAUUUUAUGAUGUUACAAAAUGGUCAAUUUAUCGAUGCUACUAUUAAGGGAUCUUUAGCAAGGUUUUGUAAUCAUUCUUGUAGUCCCAAUGCAUAUGUUAAUAAAUGGGAAGUUGCAGGGAAAUUGAGGAUGGGGAUCUUUGCUAAGAGGAAAAUUUUGAAAGGUGAAGAAAUUACUUUUGAUUAUAAUGUGGAUAGAUAUGGUGCAACAGCCCAAAAAUGUUAUUGUGAUGAACCAAAUUGUAUUGGCUUCCUUGGUGGGAAGACUCAAACUGAAGCUGCUUCAUUAUUACCUCAAAGUUAUGCAGAAGCAUUAGGUAUUCGUCCAUCCAUAGAGAAACAAUGGAUAAAAGAGAUGAAAAGAAAUGGCCAAAAAAUUGAAAAAGCAAAGAACAAUGAUAAUAAUAUCAAUGUAGAUUUUGUCGAUUCCUUGGAUAUCUUACCUUGUGAAACGCCUGAUGAUGUACGAAAAGUGAUGAGUAUUCUUUUACAAGUAGAUAGUACCUACAUGGCAACAAAAUUAUUCCAUCGUUUAUUUAAUAUUACAAAUGAAAACGAAAUUUUACUUCAUCAAGUCAUAAAAUUGCAUGGUUAUAUUUGUUUCUCCAAAUUAUUAGAUUUAUUUCAAGAUGAUUCCAACACCAUAGAGGAGAUUUUAGAAUUUUUAAUGAGAUUACCCAAAUCAACCAAGAAUGGGAUUGUGUCAUCUCAAAUUGAUAAAAAAAUUUCCAACUUAUCUGAAGAAAUACCGCAUUUGAAGGAUCAAUGUGAUUUACUCAUUGAAAAAUGGAACCAAUAUGAAACUUAUAAUCGAAUAGCUAAAAGAGAUAUAACUAAUGAUCUUAAUGGUAAUGGUAAUGGUUCAUCAUCCAACUUAUCAAGAUUGAUGGAUAUGAGAAGAGUCAGAUUACCCUUAGGUUGGGAAAUCAUUUUUGAAAAUGGUCGACGCCUAUUUUUUAACGCCGAAAGGGAAAUCAAAUUAACAGAACCUCCGACAGAAGAACAACUUAGACUUGAUGAUCAUGCCAAAGAUAAGGAUGUAAACGAUAACCAGAACGGCCGCCACCGUCACCAAAAUCGUAAUCGUGACAAUCACCACCGCCCUAGUAGAUAUAACAACAAUGAGGAUAAUCUCGAGAGUCAUUGGAAUCAUGAUAAAAAUAAAAUUGAUUCAAAUAUGAUGUUAAGUAGUAAGAAAAGAAGAAGAAUGGAAAGACAAUUAGAAUUAUCCAAAGCAAGAGCUUAUGCAAAUAAGAAACGUCGUGAAGAACUAGAAAAGAAAAUAAAAGGACAAACUUCAUCUUCAACCCUGAAUUCACCAAUGGAAAACAAUUCAGAUAACAAUAAUAGUAGUGGCAAAGAUGAUUUAAAUCUGAACAAAAGUAAUAGUCUUAAUCAUAGUCAUAAUAAUGCACAAACUCCAAGUCCAACUCCUGCGGACCACCCCUCCGGUGUCGAAACGAAUAAAACUGAAAUUUUAAAAAUUAUAGAGCAUGCUAAUAAGAUUAAAGAACUUGAAAGAGAGAAAGAGUUGAAAUUGAAAAGGGAAAAUGAAAUGAAAAGAAAGAAAAAAUCUAUAUCUGAAAGUAAUGAACAUAAAUGGGAUAAUUUCUUUGCCUCAUUUGUCCCCAAUUUAGUUCGUAAGAACACUGGUGAUGUAGAAUUAAGUCGUGACCAUAUUAAAGAAUGUUCAAGAGAUAUAGUGAAAACUUUAACUUCCAAAGAAUUGAAAAGAGAUGAUCCUAAACCACCUCCAGAGGAAGCUACAAAGGAAAAAAAAUAUAAAGUCAAUAAAUUUGUGAAAAUUUAUAUGGAAAAAUUCAUUACUAAAUAUAAGGAAAAACAUUCACGUGCUCAAUCCCGUUCCCGUUCCGAUCUACACCAUCAUACUGGUAAAAAAACUUCGUCCUAA